UGAUUUGAAUUUGGAUUAGUUGAAAGUCUGAGACCCAUUAAACUUUGGGUUAUUAGGGUGAAAAAAAAUUAUAAAAAAAAAAAAAGAGAGAGGCAAGAAUCACAUUGAGCAGGGAUUGGAUAAUCCUUUCAAUACAAACCUACCAAUCAAAUUUCGUCCCCCCAUUGACAUUCUCGUCUUCUUCUUCAACGUAUUACCUCUCCCUAAUUACUUCUUUCAGAUUCUCACCAAAGCAAUCGCACUGCCCAUCAAUGAACGAAUAUUGCAAUCGAAUCGACGGUUGAAAUUUAAAAUGACUGGAAGCUUCUCGGAGCCACACAUAUGCCAGUGCCUCAACAGGAUAGCGGCCCUCCGGCGGAGCUCUCCCGUGGUUAUCUAUGGCGAGCGGUGGCAGACAGGCCAACAGUUUGUGGACAGCGUCCUCCACCUCGCCGGCGGGCUUUGGCGCCUCGGUCUUGCCCCAGGAGACGUGGUCGCUAUCUCGGCCUUCAACAGCGAUUUGUAUUUGGAGUGGCUGCUGGCAAUUGCAUUUGUGGGAGGGAUAGCUGCUCCACUUAAUUACAGAUGGAGCCUUCCCGAGGCAAAAUUUGCAAUGUUGCUCGUGCAGCCCGUGCUGUUGGUGACUGAUGAGAGCUGUAGUGGCUGGUACCCCGAGCUCCAUAGUAGCACAAUUCCGUCACUGAAGUGGCGCAUUUUGUUGAGUUCCCUUCCCUCAAAAUUCCCGAAUGAAUGCAGUGUGUUGACCAUGGACAAGCUCAAGUUCGGGUCUCAGAGGUGCUCAUCGAGUAACUACUCAUGGGCACCAGAGGGUGCUGUUAUCAUAUGUUUUACUUCGGGAACCACUGGGAGGCCAAAGGGAGUGACGAUAAGCCAUUCUGCGCUGAUUGCGCAGUCCAUGGCUAAAAUCGCCAUCUGUGGCUAUGACGAGGAUGAUAUUUAUUUGCACAGUGCUCCGUUAUGUCACAUUGGCGGGUUAUCCUCGGCAAUGGCAAUGUUGAUGGUUGGAGCUUGUCAUGUGUUGAUGCCCAAGUUCGACGCCAAAUUGGCCAUUGAAGUUAUUGAAAAGUGGGACGUCACAUCUCUGAUCACCGUUCCGGCAAUGAUGGCUGAUCUAAUAUCACUGCUCAGGGGGAAGGAGUGGUGGAAAGGAAAGGACAGCAUGAAGAAGAUACUAAAUGGAGGUGGAAGUUUGUCACCGGAGCUCAUCAGGGGCGCUACGAUUAUAUUCCCAAAGGCUAAGAUUCUGUCAGCCUAUGGGAUGACCGAGGCAUGUUCUUCCCUAACAUUCAUGACCCUGUAUGACCCAAUAUUUCAGUCUCCAGACCAGGCCAAUCUAUCUUCAAGAACCAACCGUCAAUCGAGCAGCAGCCAACAGGGUAUCCCCAUGGGCAAACCUGCACCACAUGUUGACAUAAGGACAGAUGCUGAUGAUUCACUUGGUGUUGGUAGAAUUUUAGUCAGGGGCCCGAAUCUGAUGCUGAAAUACUGGAACCAAGCGCCAACAUUGGACUGUAAGGAUCAGCAGUGGUUUGACACUGGCGAUAUCGGGUUUAUAGACGACCAUGGUGAGUUAUGGCUGAUUGGACGAGAGAAAGGCCGGAUCAAGAGUGGAGGAGAAAAUAUCUACCCUGAAGAGGUAGAGGCAGUACUUUCACAGCAUCCGGGAGUUCAUGGAGUUGUCGUAGUGGGAGUCCCUGAGCUUCGCCUAUCCGAGAUGGUCGUCGGAUGUGUUCAAUUGAAAGAAAACUGGCAAUGGUCCAAUAAAGCCUACGGAUCCGUACCCAUGAACGAGGAUCAUAAUGUAUUAUCCGGUGAAAUUCUCCGACAAUUCUGCAAGGAAAACAAUUUGACAGGGUUUAAGAUUCCAAGGGUAUUCUACCCAUGGAGAAAGGCAUUCCCGACGACUUCAACGGGGAAGGUAGUAAGAGGAAAACUUCGUGACGAAGUUAUUUUGCAUCUUCAGCCCCUUCAAGGCCGUUUAUGACCUGCCAGUUUGCAUGAUCACGAUGAUGAGGCAGAAGACUGGAUCUUGUUUCCCGAUCUCUCUCCUCUCUUGUUGAUCUUUUUUUCUGGCACACGCCACUACACAUAAGAGGAUGUGCUUGAGUUGUAAGCAGCCCUCAAUGAACUCUAAGGUCCAAUGCUAUAUUUGGAAGUUUUGGUUCUGUUGAUAAAUUACAGGGAGUCAUUGAUUAUA